UCAUUGCAAGAAAUAGUUUCAAAACAGCUUAAAUAUUCAAUUAAAAUUUUAAGUUUAACUACAAAAAACAAAAAAAAAGGAUGGAGAAUAAAAAUAAAUUGCUCUAUUCGAGGGAUAAUAAAUAUGAGAAAGUGGGUCUUGAAGAUUUAUCACUAAAUGUGGAGAGUGUACCUCAAAAAAGUGGAAACAAUUGGUUACAGUACGCAGCUACUGCCAGUGUGUGCCUUUUUUCAAUGACAGCUGGGAUAACAUAUUCCUGGACAUCUCCUGCACUACCACACCUCAGAAGUAAUAAUUCUGAAAUUCCUAUAACGCAAGUCGAAGGUGCAUGGAUUGCUACAUCAGUGGAUAUUGGAUCAUUUUCCGGAAACAUAGUAUUCCUAUUUAUCGCAAAUUAUCUAGGCCGAAAAAACUCGCUUCUAAUGAUAGCCAUACCUUACAUAAUAGCAUGCCUGAUGAUUGUUUUGGCAAAAAACGUAAUAACAUUAUACGUCUCGCGAUUUAUCAUGGGCAUGAUUACUGAUUUUGUGUUUGCAUUAGUAUCAACGUACAUAGGAGAAAUUUCUGACAAAGAGAUUAGGGGGAUCCUACUUAUCGGAAUUAGAAUUUCCUUAAGUUUAGGACAAAUGUACGUGAAAAUAGCCGGCGUAUUAUUUUCUUAUAAGACUAUGAAUAUAAUGAUUAUGAUCAUACCACUUCUUUUCUUUGCAACAUUUUUCUUCAUGCCAGAAAGUCCUUAUUAUCUCCUAUUGAAAAAUCAACGGAAAAAAGCAUUAAAAACCCUGAUGAAGCUGAAAGGACAUAAAGUACCAGGAAUGAUACAUUUGGAAUUGGAAAGAAUAGAGAAAUCCGUCAAGGAGAGUCAAGAAAGUAAAAAAUGGAAGUUCCGGGAAUUGUUUGCUGUUAAAGGAAACCGAAGAAGUCUCUACAUUGCCAUGCUGGCUUGGGCAACUAAACAUUCAUCAGGAUCACUAUCUAUUCAUGCUUUCACUCAAGAUAUUUUCGAAGAAACGGGAAUCUCCUUGGCACCGGAAAUCUGUGCAAUGAUAAUUGCAAUAAUUGGGGUAACAAUGGCUAUAAUAGCUACCUUUAUUAUUGAACGCGCUGGCAGAAGAAUUACUUUUUUAUUUUCUGGCUUAUUUUGUGCUCUGGGUUUAGCAUUAGUAGGAUUAUCUUUUUUCUUGAAAACUUAUUUCAAAGCAGACGUUGAAUCUAUCACUUGGCUACCACUUGCGGGAUUGAUUGUCUACGAAAUUGCAUUUUCUUUGGGACUUGCUUACAUUCCCAUUAUUCUGAUGGGUGAAAUUUUUGCUCUCAGUGUGAAAAUGCCGGCCGUGUUUAUUGUUCAUACAACAAUAAGUAUAUUCCUGAUUAUCAUAAAAAUUUCAUUCCAAUGGUUAAAUAAUAUGGCAGGUAUUUAUACCACUUUCUGGACAUACGCAAUCUGCAGUUUCUUCGGUUCAAUUAUUUUUUUCUGUAUCGCGCCUGAAACUAAGGGGAAGACCCUCGAAGAAAUUCAGGACAAUAUUCACGCAAACAAUGUAAGAAAAUUUCAAAAAAGCGACGAAAUUAUUAAGGAAAAAAUAAUAGUGACUGAUGUCUCUGAUUAGGCGCACAUUGUGCGAACAGGAGGGAUUUUCAAGCUUUCAUAAUAAUUAAAGUGAAUUGAUAGUGAGUCAAAUAUUUCUGUCACUUAGUAUAUAAUUGACUAAAUCCAUUUUAAUUCUGGCAGGCACACUGAAAGAAAGAAUUAGAAGCUACAUGUAUACUGCCGUGAUUUGAGAACACACACAUCUUAGAUAGAAUAUCGCAUUUUAUUAUUCUGAAACUUUAUUGUGUUACUUAAUAUAGAGAUGCAUUCAAAUGCAGAACAUAGUUCACUUCCAAAAAAUCAUUUCUGAUACGUUUCCAGAAUAUAGUUUCUCAAUAUAAGAAUAUGAAGGAUCGGAUCAAUAGAAUGAGCCUCAACUGAACACUAUUUCUCAAUAAAAAAAAAUUAUUUUCGAAA